AUGUUCAUGUCAAAAUGUUUACCAAUGUUGGCAAUUGCUUUAACGCCAUGCAAACUGGAGCAUCUAUAUGCCAUCCGGAUUGCCAUGGGAUUCGUCGGAGAUGAUUUAACUGGCAACUGGCUCAGCGUAUAUGACAGUGCAACUGUGGUGAUGCAUAUUGCGGCGACGACCUGCUCGGAAUAUGAAAAGGUGGCGAAUACUGCGAAAAUAUCGGGCUACAAGAACUUCACUUGCGUUGUAAACGGUCCACACAGAGAACAUGUGAAAGUGGAAUUUAUCUUGCGUUUCGAAUCGGAUGAAGUGGACACAUUCAGGUUAACAAAACAUGACUUGGUAAAGCAAAACACAGGAACUGGUUACGAACUUACUAACCUACAUAUUGUAGUCCUAAGUGCUAUACCUUAA